AAUACCAUUCUCUUCCUUUCUCUGCUAUCAAUCAAGGCUUAAAAACUCACUAGAAUAAAGAACAAGAGGGAGAGGAGAAACUGCGCGCGACAAUUAGUAAAAGUUUUAGGUGAAACCCUCACAGUGCUACGGUUUUUAUAGAGGUUUCUCUCCUCGGUUCCUAAUUAAAAGGGAACAGAUUUGUUUUUUUGCACUUAAAAUUGGAGCGGUAGGUUGCAGAUGUGAGGUUCUUGCUAUGGAAUGCGUUCUGUCGACUGCACUGGGGCUCGUGAGCCCCCACCACUGCCCCAGGCUUUGGCGUGUUUUGUAAUAGGAGAGAGAGACCACACAGGUCGUGAGUUUCAUGAAAUUUAUAAACAUUUUAUUUAUCCUGUAUAUGCCAUGAAGAUUGCCAAAAACUACGUUGCUAUAGAAAUGAGUCCCAGACUGACUCCUCAAUGACGACCAAUCGUUGACCAGAAUUGUAAAUGGGAGAGGGGGGAAGGAAAACUUUCCUUUCUUUUCGGUAGGAGGAGGGGAGUUGUGGAGAAAUGUUUAACGAAGCGUGAAGCGCAUGAGAGGGACAAAGACACAUAGCGGGAGAAAAUACGACAGUGGAGCCGUAAUUCAACUAAAGCAGGAUAUGGAAUACACAAAAACAAGACAUGCACCGAAGUUGAAGAUGUUUUGAAAACGAAUGCUAACACGACGUGCAUGCCAAUCCAAGGCAAACUAUACGACAGAAACUUUUGGGAUAGAAUGCGUCACAAUUUAGGCAACAGCCGAGGGUUGCAUGUGUUUGUUCUCUUGUUUUCUUCAUCGACACCACAUUUAUGGAAUAAGAAUACGUCUGUCGUGGAAACGGUAGAUUCUAAGUGGCGCUGUUUCAAUGCUAAGGAUUGCAACAUUGUUUCUCAUACUUUUCAGACAGUUGGGCUGAUGCAGGUUUCUGUCAGUGCCUAGCCAACUGUACAGCAUCUAUCUACGGCUUGGAAAAUAUAUUUGCUAACCUAUACAUUUAUAUCACUAUGAUCACGCCACUCGAAAGUGUUUUUUAGUUAAGUCUAAUUACUUUUUGACCAAUCUAAUGCCCUGUUCGACCUGGAGAAAUAGGUGCGUUUCGCCGAACUAAACUUCUAAUCAAGUAUGAAGAGUUGGCAUAGCGCUGGGGUGCUACUGUUGUGGGUGUUUGUAGUACUAGAUGCCCAGUUAAUAUGUUGGCAAGCUUUGUUCCGAUGCCACGACGAGCCCGAAUGUGAGCUUGCAUACAGUCAGUAUGUAGCCGCGUGCGAAGGAAACCUUCGAGGGACCAGGAGACAAUGCCCCAGCCACUGCAUCAACGCUCUGAUACGACUGAAUUACACUCGUAGUGGGCCAGACCUGGAGACCUGCGACUGUGGACAGGACGCCGAGUGCAUCAACACGAAGAGGGCGAUCGAGCCGUGCCUUCCCCGGAGGUAUCCAGGAGAUGCUGGUGGGAUCGGAUGCACAGAGGCCCGUCAGCGGUGUGAGGAGGACAGCAGCUGCCACACCUCCCUAACUGCCUACUUGUCAUACUGUGGACAACUGUUCAAUGGCAGGAAAUGCUCGUCAAAGUGCAAGGCCACCAUUCAACAGAUGCUCUUCAUACCAAAUGGCAUGCUCCUCAACCGCUGCGUGUGUGACGGCGUUGAGCGGCCAUUCUGUGAAGUUGUGAAGGAGAACAUGAGCAAACUUUGCUCCAUUGGAGACCACAGCGUCAUUUCAGACCAAGCUGAUAAGGACGAUGUGUAUGAAGAUGAAGACUAUGAUACAAAACUUGGUAGAGAGGAGAUUGAGCAGUACGAGAAAGACUCUGCUUCCAAAUUGUCAAUCUCCAUGGCCCUAGUGUACUUUACUCUUGCACGGAUACUAUAUUGAGACCGGGGUAAAAUUGCUGCUGCCAAGAAGAGCAAACAAGUUUUUGUACACCAUAAAGACCAGUGACUCUUUGCCAGUCUCCAUUUUGGUGGAAUGUUGCUGACUGAUUUGAGCCUCAAUCAUGGUGUGCAGCCCAUGUAACAGGGCAUGAUUAGAAUCAAAGUGUGAACUUUGAACCCUCAAGAUAAUAGUUCACAACAACAGAACAAUAGAACAGAAA